AAUAAAUAACAUCAAAUACAACAACAAUAAACAUAAAUAAAUGGAAUUUCAGUGUGCAGUAAGUAGCAGUAGCAGCAGCGUUUUGAAAACGGGAUAAACACGAUGAAAAAGGAAUCAGUGCAGGCAGUAAUGGGGAAGUAGGCAAACUGUCGCCGCAACAGUAUAAAUGCUUGUGUAAGAAAGAACAGAAAAGACUUGUGUCGCCACAAAGAUUCAAACAAAAAAAAAAAUAUAUAUAUAUAUAAAAGGAGAACGAAACGCCUUUGUGUGUGUACGUACGUACGUUUGUGUUUUCGGAUCAUUUCUGCACUGCAAAAUAUGUGCAAAUAAAAUUUUUUAAUAUUAUUUAUUCAAAGAGAAGUUACAAUAAAAGAAAAAAAAGAAAAUGUCAGCAAAUAAACCUACGAAUAAAGAUGAACAAAACCAACAACAACAAAAUGAAACUCAGCCAGGCACAGGCACUAUGGUGGAUACAUUUGACAACAAUAGAUUAUCAUUACCACUUAAUAAUGAAUUAUUAAAUAUGAAUACAACAGUCGCGUGUAAUUCUACAACACCAUUACUAGCUGGUUCGCCUGUUGGUAUAAAUGCUAUUGCUGUCAAUACAAACACAAACGCAUCAACGAGUGGUUUUAAUUUAUCCUUAAUGCAAUCUUCACCUCCUCCCCAUAGCUAUCGUCAUUCACGUGCCUAUCGUCAUUUCAAAAAUCCACCACAGCCACAUAUGUGCAUACGGACCACAACAGACGCUGGUGAAGAACUAUUCAUAAAUGUUCUUAGUUGGACUAGAAUUGUAAUACCACAAGAACCAAGUGAUCCAAUACCAUUAUAUGGUGGUAUGCGUGUACCACCAGGCAGUCCGCGUAGUCCACCAAUUGUAUUUGCUGUAAUGGCCAAUCCUGAAGUGCUUAAGGAUUCAGGCCGUCAUAGUAAAGAUCCUGAGGAAAGACGUGCUAUGGUUGAACUUAUGUGCGAUUUUGUUGAAGCUAUGAAUCCAGGCGUAAAGUUAGUAAGAAAUGCUGUCAUAUUAAAAGAUCGUGAUAUAUCAGGUGAAUUAAAAGAUGUUUGGAAUGCAGUACAAGCACAAAGAGAUCGAGAACGUGAAGAACAAAUAAUGCAACAGCGUCAACAGCAGCACUGUCAUAACAAUACAACUCAGCAAAUGUUCCCAAAAUCUCCAGAAACCGUUCGUUCAAUGGCACAAACAAAAUCUGAACAAGAAAACACUGAAACAUUAUCUGAAAAACAACUUUCAAACGAAAAUCGUAUAAAUGUACAAAAUAUGGGCAUCACUGCCGCCUCAUCAUCAAAAGCAGAAAAUAAGACUGUUAUAGAAGCACAAGACGGCUCGAUUGAUAAUAGCUCCAACGAAUGUUUAUUGUUGAAUGGUAACAGUGUUGGUGUUAUUACUAAUGAUAUCAUUAUGCAUAAUGCUACCAUAUCCAGUACAAAUGAACUAUUUAAUACUGGAAGUGAUCAAAUUGAUGCCGUCAAUAAUAAAUCGAAUAUAGUAAAAAAUGAUAAUUCAAACAACAGUACAAAAAUCUCACAAAUUGGAACAGAUAAUUCUCAGCAAGCAGUUAAUAAUAAAGUCAUUAAUACAUCAUCGGCAUCGUCAACCUCAUCCAACCUUAGUUCUACUGCAUCAAAAACAAUUACAAAAUCAGCAAUGUCUACAUCAUCAAAUGCAACAACAACGUCAGCAGCGAUAACAACCAAUGUAGCCACAACUACCACUGUUGUAACACCUGUAAAAAAAGAAAAACUUGGUGGAUUUCUACCAAAUGGUUGUAUUUUUCCACGUUUCAAAAACAAUAAAAAUAAGGAUAAAGAAAGUAAGCCAAAAGAAAAGACAUUACUGAAUGCAUUAAAAAAAAGUAAAGAAAAGAAAGUAGCACCAAUUGAACAUAGUGAAAAAGCUACGCCCGAAACUACAGAUACCAAGUCACAAUAUGAGAAGAAUUGUAUUAACUUGGAGAGCGAAGUACAAAAAUUGGAUAUAAAUAAAAUCGAUACAAACACCAGUAAUGAUAUGUUCAUUAAAUUAAAAGUAACAUCUGCUACAUCGGCUGCUGCGGCGAAAUAAA